ACCAACCAUUCUAUACUUUUCUUUUCCACAUACAUAUGCCUAGUACCAACAUUCUAACCAUGAUGACAAACAAUAACUUUGAGCUUGAUUGCAAGAAAAUUCAUGAUUCUUUAAGUGGUUUAACCCAACUAAUUCCAUCACUUGCUUCCUUAACCAUCCUUGAAAGAAAACAACUAAGAGAAACUUAUAAGGAAGUGUAUGGUGAAGACUUGAUAAACCAACUACAAAAAUAUGAUGAAGAUGAUUUCUUUUCUUCUAUGAAAUUCUCUACUUUGUCUCUAUGGAUGCUUUGUCCACAUGAUAGAGAUGCUUUUAUAGCUAGAGAAGCUCUCCAACAAGAUGAAACCAAUUUCAAAGCUCUUGUGGAAAUUUUUGUAGGUAGAAAAUCAAGUCAUGUUGGUCUCAUCACACAAGCUUAUCAUAAAAUGUUUAGAAGACAAUUGGAUCAAGAUAUUAUGAACUUAGACCCACCACAUCCAUUUCAAAAGAUUCUUAUGGCAUUGUCAGCAUCACAUAAAGCUCACCAAGUAGAUGUUAGCCAUCAUAUAUCAAAAUGUGAUGCAAGGAGGUUAUAUGAAACUGGAGAGGGAAGCUUAGGAGCUAUAGAUGAAGCUGUUGUACUAGAAAUUUUAAGCAAGAGGAGUAUUCAACAAUUGAAGUUAACAUUUUUGAGUUAUAAACAUAUUUAUGGACAUGACUAUACAAAGUCUAUCAAGAGAGGAAACUAUGGACAAUUUGGUAAAGCUCUAAUGGUGGUUGUGAAGUGUAUUUGCAAUCAAGCACAUUAUUAUGCAAAGGGAUUAUGUACAAGCAUCAAAAAGGGGAAAAGGGACAUUGGAACUUUGGCAAGAACACUUGUGUGCAGGGCAGAUAUAGACAUGGAUGAGAUUAGAAGUGUUUUCAAGGAAAAGUAUGAGAAAGAACUUGGUGAUGUUAUAUUUGAAAGCAUUCCAUGUGGAGACUAUAGAGACUUUUUAGUUGCAUUGGCUACAAAAUCCUCUACCCCUUCUUACAUCUUUACCAAUUAGCAACAAAACUUGUUAAGAACAAUGUAAUUCUUACAUCUUUACCAAUUAGCAACAAAACUUGUUAAGAACAAUGUAAUUCAUAUGUGUUUUCUUUUUAGUAUUUAGACAAAGCCGGCCAUAAUUAUUACGCAUAAAACUGUGAGGUUCUGGAUUCGAAUUCAGGACAGAAUAUCAGUAUUUCUGUUGAAUUAGGUCACGCGGACUUUUGACUUUUGAGUUGUAUUGUAUGAGUUGAAAAGUUUGUUUAACUUAAUUAAUUGUAUCAUAUAAUUGUAUAAUUGACU